AUGAAGAAAAAAGUUUCUAAAAACUACUAUCAUUUACCCGGUUAUACUGGCAAAAUUCCACAAGAGUCUUACAUGUUUGGUUUAACUCGUAGUGAAAUGAGUCGUCGUAUAUUUCAUAAUUCGUAUAUUCAUACACGUCCAGAUACUUUAUUUUCACCAACAAUAGAUUCAAUUGAUGAUCAAACAUUUGAUAUACGAGCAAAUUCAUCAAUUACUGAUCAAAUUUAUAUGUCUGAUAUUAUCACAUCUGGAUAUACCGGACAUAUACCAACAAUACAAGAAAAAUUUGGCAAAAAUAUGAAAAAUUUAUUUUUAAAAUCUAUUAUUGAUUUUGAAAAUGAUCAAACACAAAAACGAUAUUAUAAACUUGAUUUUAAAUUACAAAAACUUUUAGACGAUAACUCUAUUACUAAACAAGAUUUACCAACCGAUUCUAUGUUGCACUAUACAUGUGAGCACAUGCCAUUGAAAUCAAUAAGUAAACAGGCUGAAUUCUAUCGACAGAACGAGAAAGAUUGGAAUCAGAGUGUAUAUAAAAUGCGCAAUAAUAAUUCUGAGAAAAGAUUUAUUAGUGGUUACCAAGGUCAUUGUCCUCGGUUAUUUGAUCUUUUUGGUGAAACAUAUAGUGUAUUAACACAUAAUGCACUCAAUAAUUUUACUGACAUUUAUCGACAGAAAAUGAUUAAUGAAAAUCAAAAAGCAAUGUUUUCUCUAGUUGAUUGUUAA